GGACAACUGAUUUCUUCAAGUGCCCUUUUUUCCCUUUGUUUGAAUGUGGAUAGGACUGAUGACUGAUAGGAAUGGACCAGGACGUCAGUAGCCAAAACUAUUGCUGCUAGCUAAUACACCAACUGUUUAGACAUGGAGGAGACGGUGCGAACGCUACUACAGAACCAGGACUCACUGGAAGGGCCCAAGGUGGACCCACUGGACCUUAUGAAAGCAUACAAGGACAAACUCCUGGAGGAAAUGUGGAAGCAACAGGACAGUCUGGAGGGUCCCAUGUCUGCCACACCAACAGCAGAGAUGUCCACCUCACCCGAGGCCGGUGGUGGCGACGGCGCAUCAGAGGACAAUUCAAAGGACAGCAAUCCCCUGUUGGAGCGGCUCAGAGCGCUCGAGGCGGAAAACUCUGCUCUGUCGAUGGAAAACGACAACCAGAGGAAGCAGUACGAACGCUGUUUGGAUGAGGUGGCUAAUCAGGUGGUCCAGGCUCUUCUCACGCAAAAGGACCUCAAAGAGGAGUGUGUGAAGCUGCGGACCCGUGUGUUUGACUUGGAGCAACAAAACCGCAUACUGAGCGUGCUGUUUCAACAACGUGUCAAAAUGUCCACGACUCCCGUCUCCCAGGAGGUCCAAAGGAAUGGAAAAGCAGGAAUUCCUGCAGGACGGUGGCCCAGCCUGCUGAGUCUAACGUGUCCACGCAGCAGCGGCAGCGGCAGUGGCAGUGAGCUUUCACUCUCCAGCGCUUGCAGUGAAUAUUCCAGUGGGUCCCACACUUGGGCAGAGGGACGUGGCUACUCAAAGCAGUGUGCCUCAAGCCGAGACAAAAGGAUGAGUACUGGUUCAGUAUCCAGCAAUCACUCAGCUGCUCUGGAGCACACAGACCUGGGAUGGAAGGAAGGUCACAUUUUGAAAGGCCUCAAACGUCUUCAAAUGUCCAACUCCAAGGGGACUUCCUCCCUUCCAUCUGUACCACACUGCAAAGACUGUAUGACUUCAAACGAGGGUAUAUAUUCACUUGGUGUCAAGUUUGCCCAGCAAGGGACUACAGCCAAGCAAGUAGCCCCUACAAGUAAACCUUUCAAGGCAGAAGCAAGGAUUUCCAUUGUAGACUCUGAUGAUGCGGAUGACGAAUCGCCUAAAGUACCAAACAGUGAAUCCAGUGACCUGCCAGCAAAAGAACUUCUAAGCUUGGACAAGGUGGAGGUCACUCAGGAAUUUGAAGUAGAUCCUGUGAAACUUUCAGGGAACUCUGGGCCCCACAGUUAA